GCGCGGCGGACGAACGCACCCAAUCCACAAAUCGCAUAAAUCGAGCGCGAACAUGCACCGACAAUAAAUAACCGUAAAUAGUGCCGAUAAAAACAUUCCUGUGUCAGGAAAUGUCCCGGGCGUCGGUUUUCAAAACACUAUUUUAAUUUUACUAAAUAAUCAUGACUAAAUAUAAGCUGAAUAAUACUGUUAGGUCCGCGUCUGAAGUUACCCUAACUUCCUUUAUGACAGGGAGCACGGAUUCGAAAAAGGAAGAUAAAUACCAGUUAGAUCUGGACACGAAUCAAAAUGACAAUUUAAAUUCGGUUUCUAAUAAGAAUUUGGUUUGUCCGCAUUCGUGUGGGUAUAUUCAGAAUCGUUUGACGUCGCUAGUGAAGAGUGAUGGGUUCGGGGUGGGACUGAACGAGCUGAAGGUGGAGGGUAUGGACAAGAACGUAUGUUUGUGUGAGGUGUACAACGGGGGGUGCAAGCUGUGCCCGCGGCCGAGCUUGGCCCCCACCUUGUCUCUGAGUGUGGACGCGAAGGACUGCGCGGCGUGUUCCAGGGGCUGUCAUACUAACUAUUCCAAAUCCAACGUGUUCCCCUCAUCCAAUGGCGGCUGGCGGCGCGGCGCCGCGCGGCGCGCGCGUGCGCUCUGUUCAGCCAAAACUUUACGCAGAAGGUUGCCCAUACUCGAAUGGUUGCCGCAGUAUUCUAUACGGAAAGGAAUAUCGGACCUUAUAGCUGGUAUAACCGUGGGCCUGACGGUGAUCCCGCAAGCCAUCGCGUACGCCGGAGUGGCCGGCCUCCCUCCACAAUACGGCCUCUACUCCUCCUUCAUGGCCUGCUUCGUGUACACAGUGUUCGGGUCCGUCAAGGACUCGGCCAUCGGGCCGACGGCCAUAGCGGCCAUCCUGACGAGGGAGAACCUGCACGGCUUGGGGCCGGAGUUCGCCGUGCUGCUGGCGUUCCUGUCCGGAUGCGUGGAGCUGGCCAUGGGGAUCCUGCAGCUGGGAUUCCUGAUCGACUUCAUCAGUGGUCCGGUGUCCGUCGGUUUCACGUCAGCGGCAGCCAUCAUCAUCGCCACCACCCAGGUUAAAGACAUCCUGGGCCUCAGCUUUCCUGGUGGCAAGUUUCUUCAGGUGUGGACGGGAAUGUACGAGCACAUAGGGGAGACCAGACUGUGGGACACGGUGCUGGGGGUCACUUGCAUCGUAGUCUUACUGCUGCUCAGGAAAGUGAAGGACAUAAAGGUGCGCGGUUCAGAAGAGAAGGGCGGGUGCGCGCACGCCGCUGCGCAGGCGCUCUGGUUCCUGUCCACCACGCGGAACAUCCUCGUGGUACUGGUGUGUGCCGCGCUGGCGUACUACUUCGACACGCAGAAGCAGACUCCCUUCGUGCUCACUGGCGAGGUGAAGCCAGGCUUGCCAGCGAUAGCGCCGCCGCCAUUCUCUGCCACUGUCGGCAACCACACCUACACGUUCAUGGAAAUGGCCUCCACACUCGGCUCGGCCAUCUUCGUGGUCCCACUGCUCUCUAUUCUUGAGAACAUUGCGCUGGCGAAGGUUUUCUCGGAAGGAAAGUACGUGGACGCCACGCAAGAAAUGUUGGCUCUGGGUGUGUGUAACAUCGCGUCGUCUCUGGUGGAAUCGAUGCCAGUGUCAGGAGCGCUGUCGAGAGGAGCUGUCAACCAUGCUAGCGGGGUGGCGACUACUGCUGGUGGCCUGUAUACGGGGGCACUUGUGCUGCUGUCACUACAGUACUUCACGCCAUACUUCUUCUACAUUCCGAAGGCGUCCCUGGCGGCGGUGAUCAUCGCUGCUGUCGUCUUUAUGAUGGAGCUGCAUGUCUUCAAGCCUAUCUGGCGGACUAAAAAGCUGGAUAUUAUCCCAGCAGUAGUGACGUUCGCAGCAUGCCUGCUCAUGCGGCUUGAGCUGGGCAUCGUCAUUGGCAUCGCCGUCAACCUGAUGUUCCUUCUGUACGCCUCGGCCAGGCCUUCGGUGAAGGUCACACGAGCCGUGUCGAGCGACGGCAUCGAGCACCUAGUGGCGGUCGUGGACCGGUCGCUAGCAUUCCCUUCGGCGGAGUUCGUGCGUCGGGCGCUCCGCAAGGCAGCUGAUAGCGCGCGCGCUGCGCCGCUCGUGUUGGACGCCACACACGUGCAAGCUGCCGACUUCACUGCAGCUAAGGGCAUAAAGACUCUAAUCGAAGAAUUCGAAGCGCGCGGCCAGGCGAUCAUCUUCUACAAUGUGAAGCCGUCCAUAGAAACCGUGUUCCAAGGCGUCAGGCCACGCUCUUUCCUCCACGCAUCCUGUCGCGCUGAACUAGACAGGCUGCUGAGGAGAGUAGCUACACCACCAGCCCCUCAUAUCACGUAAUGCAAGCAGAGCCAGAUCUCCGGUCGACACCGACAGUAUUUAUGAAUUAGCUAGUAUUUAGUCGUUAGCUAGCGUUUGUAAGAAGGUUGUUAUGUUAAGUGAGUGCCUCUUAUUGUAAGAAUAAAGACAUGUUCGUUAUA